AUGUUUGCUACGGGUCAACUUCAGCAACAAGCCAAAGAUUGGUGGGAUACCCAAUGUAAAGAGAUAGGGGAAGUAAGACUCCAAACCUUAACAUGGCAAGAAUUCAAAGAGUUGUUCCUAAAAUAUCAUUGCCCGCAAUCGGCAAUUGAUAGAAUACAAGAUGAGUUCUUGCAUCUUCGCCAGCAGAAUGAGUCUAUUGAUGAAAUUACCAACAUAUUCUUCGAUAAGUUAAAGUUCUGUGAUGAUUUCGUCAAGUCUGAAAGGAUGAAGAUAAACCGGUAUUAUGGAAUGUUGAAGGCCGAGUAUAGGGAGUUCAUUACCCCUUCGAAGUGUGAAACUUUGAGUGAACUUAUCAAUUUAGCCCGGGAUAGGGAGAUAGAACUGAAGCGACAAGUGGAAAGGGGAGAGAAAAGAGCUACUGAAAAGCCAUCAACUACGAAUCCAUCCAAGAAGCCUAAGCAGCACGACACUAGAACUAAAGGAGGAUCUAAAAGUAGUAUUCCUCCAUGCAAAAAUUGUGGAAAGCUUCACACCGGAGAAUGUUUAAUGGGAAAGAAGGGGUGUUACAACUGUGGUCAGGAGGGACAUCCUUAUUUUAAGUGCCCUAGUCCCGUGAGGACGUGUUUCAAUUGCUUCACUCCUGGUCAUGUAAAAGCUAAAUGUCCAAAGCUUAAACAACAAGGGCAGAAAGAUGAAAAGAAGAAUGAAAAUCAGAAGGCUCGGGGAAGAAUGUUUCAGAUUACUACCGAGGAAGCCAAGGUUUCACCGAAUGUUGUAUCAGGUAUUUUCUUAAUCAACCAAAUACCCGUGAAUGUGUUAUUCGAUUCUUGUGCUAGCAAAUCUUUCGUGUCAGACGAACUUAUGUGUUAUCCCUCCUUUAGAAAGGAACGAAUGCCUGUACCCUUAGAAGUAGAAGUAGCGGAUAGUAAAAGUUAUUUGUUAUGUGAAGUUUGUAAGAAUUGUAAGAUUACCAUAGAAAACGAAGAAUUUGAAAUAGAUCUCAUUCCUAUGACUUUGGGGGAAUUCAAAGUGGUAGUAGGGAUGGAUUGGUUAUCUCGUUAUCACGCGGAAAUUCGAUGCGAGGCGAAAGUCAUUCAUGUAUUCUCACCUAGUGGGGCUCGAAUAAGUAUUUGUGGGGAAAGAAAGUUAGAGACAAAACUGUGCACGAUUGUCGAGACGGUGAAGUACACAAGGAAUGAGGGUAAGGCAUACUUGGCUUACGUUGUGGACGCAAGACAGAAGGUACCUGAAAUUGGAGAGGUGGAAGUGGUUAAUGAGUAUCCGGAUGUGUUCCCGGAUGAAUUACCGGGAUUACCACCUGAACGAGAGGUGGAAUUCCGAAUCGAAUUAAAGCCGGGUGCCAAGCCAGUGGCUAAAGCUCCUUAUAGAUUAGCUCCCGCCGAGAUGCGAGAGCUAAUGACACAGAUACAGGAACUACUCGAUAAGGGUUUCAUACGCCCGAGUGUGUCGCCUUGGGGAGCCCCGGUACUUUUUGUGAAAAGAAAGACGGCACGAUGCGCAUGUGUAUUGACUAUCGAGAGUUGA